AAAUUCGAUGUAUUUUGUCCACCAUCUCAUAUCUUUAAUUAAUUACAAUCUUCCUGAUUAGUCCUGUUCUUCAAAAUAUGAUGAGUCACACUAAUGAUCAAAACCAGCCUCAUCAAGAUAAAGAGGCAUAUAAGUCAAAAGACACUGCAAUGGCUCCUAUGAAUCCAGUUCCAGGUCCACCUGCUGCUAUCACUCUUCAUGAGAACUACACCCACCAAGUUCCUCCAUAUGAAGAACAAACUAAGUUCAAGGGAGGGUUCUGGAGAGGAUUUUGUGCUGGAUUGUGCUGCGGCUGUUGUUUGGACAUAUGCUUUUGACUUUUGACUUUUGAGGAUAAACACUAUAUAUAGUAUAUUGGUAUUGCAAUAGAAUGUUUCCCAUAUAUAUAAAAGUAUAUUUUUUUUUCCUUAGUAUACAGAUAUUUAAAUAGAAUAUAUAUGUAUAUAUUUGAGCGACGUUGUGUUUA